UGAGCAGCUCCACACUGCAAACAGCAGGACACGCAGGGCUCAGAUGACACACUGUGAUUGAGGAGGAGGGGGGCUUUUACACACAUUCAUUUGGCACCUAACCCUCCGACCGAGCACCACACAAACUGCAGUGAAUCUGCUUCUUCCCUAUCGGUGCCGGCGGUCCUGCAACGACGCUUUGGCUGAAACAGUGGGGUGAGAAUGAGCCGCGUGCUGCUGACCUGCAGGGAGUGAGCACAGGAGGCGCGUGCUGGAGUUGGUUUUCAGCAUGGCCCUGGAGAGCCCCUCGCUCCUGAGAGCGGUGCUGCUGCUGCUGCUGGCAGCUCAAGCCCUUCCAUCGGUGUCAGGCUGCGACAGGCGUUUCUAUGACGCAAUGAUCGAUAAACUCUGCCUGGCCAAGUUCGAGGUGGACAUGGGAGGACUGGACCGAGGACGGUGGUGCAGCUGGACGGACACAGCGGAGAUCUACGAGGGACUCACCAACUGCACCUACCAGGUGGCCCUGAGGCUGGACUGCUUCUGGCCCAAUCAAGUGGUCGAUGGCUUCUUCAUGCGGAUUCACCGGGACUACUUCCCAGGCUGCGCUCUGACCGGCCGGCUCCUCGGCGACCCGCCCAUCCGGGUCCUGGCGCCGUUCAUCGCCGUGCCGGUGCUGGUCACCCUGCUGAUGACCGCCGUGGUGGUGUGGAGGAGUAAACACACGGAGGGAGUGCUCUAGUGACCCCCGACCUCGGCUCUCAUGGACUCAUGACAAGCAGAGAGCCAGAGAGUUGUGAACCCGUUUUAUGUUAUUAUUAUGACGACAUUGAAGAGUAAAGCUGCACAGGAACCAUUUAAUAUCAUUAAAAAUAUUAAACUGCAGCAAAAAUGCAAUAAAACAUCUGUGUGGUAUGAAUCCCGCUGUGAUCUGUGCAGUGGGCUUUAGUGGACACCAUCACCGAGAGGAGAGGAGCACGGUAAAAUAGUGCUGCAAGAUUCAGGCGACUCUGAGGCCUUGCAUUUUAAUUACAAUCUGCUCUCAUGGCCCGAAACAUUUCGUGAACUCAUAAAUAACAGUAGAGAGGAGGACAGUCAGCCGGCUUGGAUGAAUGAUUCCCAGAAGGUGGGGAAAGGGCAGGGAGGGGAAGAGAAAGUGGGGAGAAAGAUGAAGCUUUGAACAAAAGGUUGGGGUUCUGUUUCAUGUGCAGCUGAGGCCUGACAUCGCCACAUGUUUAGUUAUUUCACCGUCUAUGUUCCUGAAUCUCAUUGUCAAAUAUUUGCUUCUGUCUUUUAUUUUUCUCAAAGAGAGAUUUCUGUCUGGAUGUGUGAAUAAAGUUCAGUGUUUGAAUAGUG